AUGUCCCGCUCGAAGCACCACAACAAUACCCUCCUCAAUUUUUUUCCGAUGGGACACUCAACCAACCUAACCCAACUGUCCAUGCAUGGUGUGGAGUUCGACCCGCACCUCAGCUUCACGGAAAAUUUAUUCAAUGGACUCAACCCUUACGCAUUCGCACCCUCGUCGGACCAAACCUGGGACAAUAAUGUUUACCCGCAGCUGCCCCCCCUAGGGCAACUUCUCGAUCAGCACAAUAUGCAAGAGUCACUGUCACUCCCCCAACUACGCCCCCUAGGUCACCUUCUAGAUCAACAUGAUAGCCAAUUUGAAGAGUUGCGGUCACCAUUCACUCCCCCAAACCCAUCAGCUCCACGUGACACGACUCUAGACAUGUCUACAAUCUCAACUCUCCCAAACUCAUUGUCUCAAUGCGGCUCAACUCGUGACGAGCUGACCCAGACCUUGCCACCGAUCAUGCCUACAAUAUCAACUCCCCCAAACUCGUUGUCUCAAUGUGACUCAACUUGUGACGAGCUGACCCAGACCUUGCUACUGACUGAUGCAUCAGAGCAUGUUCUGCAACAAGGCACCGGUGAAACAGUUCCUGAUGCCAACAACUCCUCAUGGGCCACAAUAAACCCCAACCGGCCGGUGCUCACACCUUGUGUGCCCCUCAAUGCUGCUCAGAAGGCAUGUGCCAACACACAAAGAGCAUCCCGCAAGAUUUUGUCGCAACAACGCAAGGAGGCCGAAGACGGACUGCAUACUGCCAUCCAGCAACUGCUCUGA